CGGUGUUAGUUUUGUGUUUAAUUGCAAGUGUUCAACAGCUAAUACCCCGCUGAAGUACUUUUAUCGCUACCUUUUUCGCAGCUUUAAUCGGGGGAUUGGCGUGGUUCACAUCAAAAGUCAGUCAUCGUCAUAUCGAUUCGUCUUGUUACAUGUUUUAAUUGACCCAACCAAAAACCCAUAAUCAUUGUAGCGCGGUGAGCCAAGCAGAUCACUUUGAACAUUUUUUUUUUCUUAGAGUUACGAACAGGUCAGUCGAUUAGAUAAAUUCUCCCUUAUACCUGUGAAGUGUAAAAUGGCCAAGACGAAAUCGCCCAGCAGCGAUGGCUACAAUAAGGGAAUCUUCUGCGCUCUCCGAACCCUGAUGCACUUCAUCACGGCGGUUCAGUUUAUCUAUUCCGUGUACUACGACUUUACCUAUGUACACUUUCCGCCAGAAAUGCGCCGCCCCGGUGGAGAAUUCGGUGGAAAGCUAAAAUUCCUCACAGUUUGGGAUGCGAUCCUCCAAGCCAUCUACUUCAGCAUUUGCCUGAUAAACGACUGCGUCGGUACAAAUGAAGUGGCCCCACGCAAAACGCCUUUCAUCCGUAAGGUCAAGGAUUACAUGCUGGCUGCGUUUGCGUUCCCGGUAGCCCUCAAUGUGGGCGUCACGUUCUGGACCCUGAUGGCCAUUGACCGGGAGCUGGUCUUCCCCAAGGCACUGGAUGCCGUGUUCCCUGGUUGGUUGAACCACGUGAUGCACACCAACAUCGUGAUCUUCAUGGUGCUUGAAAUCUGCACCAGCUUCCGGCAGUACCCAUCGCGCAAAGCUGGUCUCACCGGGCUCGGUAUCUUCAUGGCCUGUUAUCUGGGUUGGUUGCACGUGAUUCGCCACUACGGAGGCAUCUGGGUGUACCCAGUUCUGGACGUGCUGAACCUGCCGCAGCGCAUCUUGUUCUUCGCAGCCAGCUUGAUAUUCUCAGUGGGCCUGUACCUAUUCGGGGAAUUCUUCAACAAUCUAAUCUGGACCAAAGAACUGAAACAGCUCAAGGCUGGAACCAGUAAGAAGACUAAGUAAACACUCUCCUAAUUCCCCCGGAAAGGGAAGGGCUGUUGUGCGCUGUCCCGGAUGCUGGCGGGUGUACGGCAGUGAACGGUUCAGUUGGAUUGUUUUUGGUAUAGUUUUACGGAAACGUGCACUGCUGUAUGCCUACACAGUUGUUUAAAAUUGAUGUGUGUCCUGUGUCAUUUUAUUGAUGCAUGAAAAUAACAAGGGAUGUAGCGCUGAACGUGCUUAGUAGCUCUUGAAAUUACAUAUUAAACAUAAUUCCAUCGUUGCUAUAAUUUAAGAUGUCUUUUAUAUCUUCACAGCAAGAAUUUCGUUUGUUUUUCUAUUUAACUAAUGCUUAUUAUUUAAUGCUCUGACAUCGGAAGUUUGUUUCAAUAAACAAUUCUAAAUGAAAUAACCAUGUUAUAAUUUAAUUCAUAUUUAUCAUAAUUGCACUAAUGAAAAUAAUGAUGUUUGAAACUGAAACUCCCAACAUCCCAUAGACACGACCCAAUAACGAACUUUCAAAAUUCAACUUAUUUAGAUCCAUUUAGAUAAGUAAAUUAUUGACAUAUCUUUUUUUUGCUCAUAUGCGCUUUUAAAGAAAACUACAAAAAAAAGCCUUAUGGUUCUACUCCAAAAUUUCAUGCGGCAAGCACUGAUGAAGCUACGGAAAUUCACUAACUAAUGAUUGCAAUUACAUCUACCCAUACGCUCCUGUCGAAUUUUUCAUCGCAGAAUGUUGUAGAAUCAAUUUGUCAAUUCUGAGUCAUUGAUCUAACAAACAGGUGGUUAUAUUAACUUAUUGCAUUCCAGAACCAAACUUAAUUAGAUAAUUCGUUCCCUCAAAAUUCUUCUUGAAUAUUAAAAAAAAAGAGAUUUCGAUAUUGUGCAAUGUAAGUCUAUGAUUUUUUUUAACGAAAUAACAUUUUCUGAAUCUAAUAUCGAUGGAAUUUAGCCAACAAUGCAGCACCUUGAGGUAAGUUAAUAAGCUUUAAGGUACUAAAAUUCUUACAAACCCGAAGAUACUACCUAGUGGAAUGAAAACAUAAUGGGAAAGCAUGUUCUUUUAGCGUUAAGAGAUCAAAGUAUUUAAACUCAUCUACCUACGUUCUUCGUUUACUUAUUUAGAAACGUUGAAAUCGAAACCACACACGGAAGCAGAGAACCAAUGCCAUUAAUUCAACUUUCCCUGUUUCAUAAAUAUAGGUUAAAGGGUUUAUAAACUAGUAGAUGUUAUAUUGAUUUCCGGAAACGAAUCUAUAGCGAUUGAAAAUUGAAUACAAGGCUUAUGUUCUAUACUGAUAAGAAGAAAAGUAUAUAUUCAUCAAGUAAAUAGGGUAAAGUUAAUUUGUUCUCAAUGUAACUUCGAUAAAACAUAAGAAUAAAAAAGAGUGAAAUUUAGAUGUGCAUUAAAAAUUCCAAUAUUCAACCACCAAACGAUCAAACUUUACACAAUAAAAAAUAUUCUCAUAUUUCUGGCUUAGUACGAAACUAAAAAUUUCCCCUUUAAUUUGUAUGUUGAUUGUGCGAGCAAGAUAUUCCUUUUUGAGUAUAAUAUUGUAAUGAUAGGACAUUGAACACAAGAACAGAAAGUCUAAAUUCCAAGGUCACAAAAAGUAUACACCACGCAACGUAGAGAUGCAUAUAUGUACUUGUAUGAAACUUCAGUCAUAAAUUAUCAGCUAAGGUUUUUGUUUAUAUACAACUUUUUAUGAUUAGAAGAGUUUAGAUGUCGAAUAAAAAGUCAAAUUAGCAUUCAUAGCAUCGUGAAAAUUUUGCAAAUCUUCCGACCCGGACAUCCCAAACCGGAAUCAUUAUACAAGUCACUACACGAAUUCAUAUACAUCUACCGAAAGUAAUUUAGCAAACUUUUAAAAGAUCGAUUUCACCCUCUGAUAUUUGAACCCCUUUCUUAUGAUUGUAAAGUGAAUGAAUACCUGCAUAAUAAAAAUUCCCUGGGAAAUACUCGGA